AUGACAAAUAUUACGUCAGUACUAGAAUUCAUGCUACUGGGCUUCAGUAGCAACUCUCACUGCCAGAUUCUGCUGUUCACAGUGGUUUUGGUUCUUUAUACUCUCACCAUCCUCGGAAACAUCAUUAUAAUCUCGGUGACACUGGAGCCACAACUCCAUUCAUUCCUGUACAGAUUUCUCAAGAAUUUAUCUUUCCUAGAGAACUGUUACACCUCCACAGCUGUCCCCAAGAUGCUGGCCAGUCUACUGUCAAAGAGGAAGAGCAUCUCUUUCUCAGGAUGCAUGGCACAGCUUUACUACUUUGUGUCCCUGGGAGCCACUGAAUGCUACCUCUUGGCAGUGAUGGCGUAUGACUGGUACCUGGCUGUGGGAAGCUUCCUCCCGCAGCGGAGCAUGAAAGCCGUCUGCCCCCCCGCUCCCAGCGCCACCGCCCUACAGUGGUCCGUUUUCCCCACUCCCGGCUUCCGCUACCAUCUCGCCACGUCCGGCGCAAACUCCUUCUGCUACAUUCCGACCCGCCCCCCCCGGCUGCAGCGGGCCCGAGUUGGACUUCCGCCACGGAAGCCGCCACUGCACUAUGCUGUUGUCAUGACUCUUGAGUCUUGCAGCUGUCUGGAUGCAGACUGCUGGGUCACUACUGUUUGCACUGUUUUUCUACCCUGUUUGGUGGUGUCCAGACCAAAUUUCUGCAAUUACAAUCUCAUUGAUCACUUCUUCUGUGACAUCUCUCCACUGUUAAAGCUGUCAUGCUCAGACGCCACUGUCACAGAAGCUGUCAUCUUCAUUCGUUCUAUCCUAGUCCUUUCCAGUAGUUUUCUGCUCACUCUUCUCUCGUACAUAUUUAUAAUUUUUAGUAUCCUGAAGAUACCCUCAACAUCUCGGAAGAGAAGAACCUUCUCCACCUGCAGCUGACACCUCAUGGUAGUGACAAUGUACUACAGUGCCAUGAUGUCCAUGUGUGUGGUCUACAGCCUGAUCGCAGAGAUCAAUAAAGCUGCAUCUGUGCUCUACACAGUGCCCACACCCCUGUUUAAACCAAUCAUCUAUGGCAUGAGGAACAAAGCAUUCAAGAAGGCCUUAGGAAAAAUACUCUUCAGACACAACCAUGUUCAUUCUUUGUGA